AUGGAAGAUGGACCCAAAGCUCUGCUUGAGGUGGUAGGGCUGCGGCAGGCCUGGCGAGAGGGUGGCUUGGCCCUACAUGCUUGUCUAACACCAGCAGAUGAGUCUUCAGCCCAGAACAGCACUGAGAUCCAGAAGAUAAAAGCAGUGGAGAAGGUGUUUGCAGUGCCAAAUGGAUUUUACUGGCAGACAGUUGAAACUGAUGACAAAGGCUUCCUUAAUAGCAGCAACAUCGAGGCUUGCAGAGAUACAGACACCAAGGUUGCCAUGGUGCUGUUGUUUGAAAGUCUCUUCCAAAGUCCCCUGGCUACCCAUCACAUGUUGCAGCUGGUACUCGGUGCGGGUCUGGAUAUCUGUGGACUCCGCCUGCUCUAUCCUCAGCAGGAUGUGCUGCUCUUCUGCUCAGGACUGAUGGAUGGACUGGCGAAGCAAGGCUAUGGGCAGAGCAGCCAGGCUCCCACUGCCCGAUCCGACCCCUCCAUGUGGUUUCAUGUCGCUCCUUACACUGAGACCUUGCUGCAGGCACUGGGAGGAAGCCUCAGUGCAGUGCCAGAGCCCCAUUACAUUCCUCUGGAUUUUUUCUGCAAUCGAACCUAUGCUUCUGAUCCUGAAAUGGAGCAAGUUGUCAUGCUGGCAGUGGUUGGAACGGAUGCUAUGAAGAGUGCUGGAGAGUUCCUUCACCAGAUCCUUCUUCCUGGGCCCAAUACUCAACCUCAGAGCCCAGAAGAACCUGAUUUGGGAUUUGAGCUCCUUGGUCUGAAGUGGUUGCCCCAUCUCACUCGACAUCAGGCCAAAGAAGUAACCCCUUUCGAAGCUGGAGAUACUUCCUGGCAAAGCAGCCUUGAUACACUAAUGUCAAACCCAGUCCUUGUGUGUGCAUUACGGCGGAUCAAUGCCUUCAGAGUUCUUGCAGAUGCAUUGGAGAGAUUAACACAAUGGAGGGAGAAGCUGAGCAAAAGUGGCAGUCUUCUACAGAUAGUAAUGGCCCUGACCCCAGAGGUGACAUUUAGACAAGCCAUCCUCUUCUUCACAGAGACAGAGUUUGUAACUGAUGCAGAACACCGCCCUGCUAUGAAAUACCUGCCACCACCUGGCAAGAGGCCCAGGGCUGAAGUAGGAGAGAGGCAGAGAUGCCACACAGAAUCGCUGUUCACCUACUUGCAAACAGGAGCCCAGAUUCUUUGCACAGUGCUGCUGAUCAAACCCGGUGCCUGGAGUCGCAGACUUGCAAGGAUCCUCCGAAAACUACACAUAGAAAAAUUCACUGUGGUUGGCAUGAAACACAUAAACCUGAAACCAGGCAUUGCCUCAGGACUCCUUUCUUCUGAAGUGAAACAGGAUCCUGCUGUUUUAGAAGCUCACUGUUCCUACCUUACCUCAGAUACUGCUCUCGUGCUGUGUCUUCAGAGGCCAAAUGCUGUGAAGAAGCUGAUAGAUUUACUGGGGCCAGAGGAUCCUAAAGUAGCCCAAGCACUAGAUCCGUCCUUCUGGAGGGCUCAGUAUGGCAUCAGCACAGUCCAAAAUGGAUUUUAUGGCUCUGAAUCCUAUCAAAUAGCUGUCCGGGAUAUGAAGCUGUUUUUCCCAGAAGGGCUGUGCUACACUGAGUGUCAGACAUUAGAAGAGGAAGAGAUCUAUAACCUGAAACGUGACCCCAUAGUCAGUUUGGGAAUCAAGAAGCAGCGCAAGAUCAUAAAGCGUGGAGCAGGAGGGCAGCUCAGUUCACUGGGCUCUGAGCAGCCAUGCAACCUUGAUCAGCCAUUGCUUGACAACCUCUGCCAAACCACUUGCCUCGUAUUGCCCGGGAUGAGCCUUCGGGGUUCAAAGCCCCCCCCUUAUGUGGAACUGCUCGAGGAGCUCAUUGGCACAGAUUUCACAGUAACUGGAGUACGACUCACUGUCCUGGACAUGCCACAAGCUCGCUGCAUCUCUGGAAAACUAAGCAGGGCAGGAUGCAGUGCUGCAGCACAGUGUUCCCUCUUAAAGAAUGGUUUGUGUCUGGUGCUGGCAGCACAACGAGACAAUGCAGUCAUUUGCUUUGACUCCCUGCUGGACAG